AUGCCGCAACCGACCAGUGAUUUAUCUCAUCACAUUCCCGGUUUAUAUCUAUUAAUCGACUCGCGAAAAGAUGAAGGGUCAAAUGGUCUUGUUGACAAAUUUAUCAUUUCGAAAGAAUCAUUAAAGGAAUUUUGCAAUAAGAUGGUCCCAUCAAGUUUUAAAUCAUUCUCGGACGUCAACUAUUCGGCGUUGAAUUCAGUUUCGGUUAACCUAGUUGGAGAAUUUUACAUGAGUCCUGGAAUUUAUUUGCUUGUGAUUCCUCCACUAAGCUUAGGUUUAGUUAUUCAUUGGCCCGAACCUGGAUGUUAUGAAGAAAAUAUUUCAUCUCAAACAAAGAAGAAAACGACAAAAUUACACAGAUAUCUUACCAAACUUACGGACCAUCAACUCUGUUUAAUGAGUGAAUCCGACUUGGAAUUUUUUAUUAGAAAUUUGGAGGAUGAAGGAGAAGACGAAGAUUUUAAAAUAUUGCCAGGAUUUCAGAUUUAUCUGCCACAACGAAUGAUUUCAGAUAUUCGUUAUGGAUAUCCUCUGCAACCUACUGUGGUCGAAUCUGUAACUAGUCAAACAUUAAUCACAAAAAAGAAAUUUACUUCAACAUCACAAAUGAUUAAAAAUACUCUUAAUACUGAGAAUAGAAAGUUUAAAGAGGAUUUUGGUAGAAGACUUAAUGGAUAUGCUUUACGUAUCAGCAAAAAUAUGAGUUUCAAAAGUUUAGAAAUGUUGAUUAAAAAUGGGUUGCCUGAAAUGGAAAAGGAGCUACUCGGUCCUUACAGAAAGGGAUUAGAAGACGUGAGGACACAAAUAGAGCUUAAGAAAGCGCAAGAAAGGGAUUCCAUAAAAGAAGACGCAGAAAUUUUCACUAAACAUGUUUGGAAAAAAUUAAGACAAGAAUACAAUGAACUUGAACUACUAAUUAAAGAAUCGACUAACAAUCUCACUACGCAACAAGUUCAUGAUGAUGAGACUUUGAAACAAAGCGUCGAAAACAUCAAAUUAAAAUAUCCUGCUAAAUGUGAUCAAAUUGAGGACGCUUUGAAGAUAAAUUCGAAAGAAUGGAAAAAAUUAAAAAAACGAUACAUGUUCGUAAACAUUUUUAUACAAGAUAUAUUCAGUGAAAAUAUCAGUAUGGGUAAAGAUGGAGACGCACAGUCAAAUGAUGUUAGGCAAUCAAUGUGUCAGGCAGUAUUUGAUAUGUUCAUGGACAAAGAAUUGGAUUACCACAAACUCAUAAAAAAGUAUUAUUUUAGGGGGCCAGAUCAAAGUUUGCUGUCGUUUAUUUUUGCGAUAGUAAAUAACAUAACUCGAAAUUAUGACUCCAAAGUCAAUCUCGCGGUGAACCAUGCGGAGGCAUUAGUUAACACAACACCCGACAAAAAAUUUAUUAAUGAAAUUACUUCAAUGGAAUUCGAAUCUCUUUUCAAACAAAAACAUGAAAUAAUUGAUGUUUUUCUAAAGGAAUAUGAAAGAUGGAAGAAAGCGACGUUUCCAGGAAAUAUUAAGGAGAUUGUUCCUAAAUACGAUAGGUAUUAUAUGAAAGAAGUUAAUGAAAAAUUUAAUUCGGAAUAUUUACGUUAUAAAAAAAAAAUUGAAGAGGAAGAAUUUAAUAGAAUCUGCAAAGAAAUAGAAAAUAAGUUCCCUAAAGGGCCUAUCCUAAGGAUAUUAAAUUUAUAUGAGAACGAUAUUUAUAAUAUAAAGGAUUUCAUAAAAUAUUAUGUCUCUUACGAAAUCGAAAUCAUCCAGCCCGAUCAACUCAAAGUUACAAUUCACCAAACAUCAAUUGAUGACGAAGAUAAUUUUCGACUUUCUGAAGAUGAAUUUCAUAUCCCCGCACCAAAGUUCAAUAAUCAGUAUAGCGGUGAUAUUGGAAGUUCUUUCCAAAUAAAUCCAGAAACCCACGAAAUUAGGAAUAUUUCGCAAUUUGAAAACAAAUUUUUUCUCGCACUAUGGAAUAAUAAAGAAAAUCGACUGGAGAUGUAUUUUGACACUGCAUCCCGGCUAUCAUCAUCUAUUCAAUCUAAUCCAUUCAAAAUAUUAUAUCCAAAUAAAAGCACCCUUAUUUCCGUAAAUGAGCCUAAGGGUUUAAUUGGAUUUUAUGAUAUCAGUUCUGUAGUUUUGAAUGUUUACGCAUUUGAUGAGAAGUUUUAUACUAUUAUUCCACGGGCCACCAAUGUUCAGUUAAAUCUGUGGUAUAAUCAUAUGGUACCGGAAAUUCAACACUUUUUCUUUAUUAAAGAUACUGAAGAUAUAUGUUUCAUUGAGAAGAAUGGUCGCUCCAGAAUUUAUAUGAUAGCUUUAAAUCUAUUUCGACCUGGCUCGUCGCAAUUACCACCAGAAUCAUCAAAAGUUCUAAGUACACCAGAUGGAGCAUGUAUUGUGGCUUUCACAAAAGAUACCGUGUUAGAACAGGAAAACGAAAACAACGAUGCUGAUAGUAACACCGAAAAAGCAGACGGUUAUAAUCCAGAAAAUCAAAUAGAAAUUAUUAAAGCACACGUAUUUUUUUGUGCAAAUUUUGGUAGCCCUGCUAUUAUACUUAUGCCAAAAAAUAUGCAAUUCGUUGAACAUUUUCAAUUCUCUUAUAUCAAGAAACAACAGAUACAUCUUACUACCCUCGAUGUAGUUAAUGGACAGUUUUGUUCGUUGAUUACUAAAAUUACACUUGAAAAAUCAAUGGAAAAAGUAAGGAUUUUGUCGUCCGACUACCAAAAUGACAGCUAUUCUUUUUUAGAAGGAAUGGAUACUCGAUUUUCUAAGAACGUUUUGGUUGGAGAAAGUAUUGUCGUUCAAAAUGAAAAAAGAUGUAUUCUUGAAAUACAAUCAAACACGAGAUUGAAGAUUGCAGGAACUUUUUCAAAUAUUGCUGACCUAGAUUCUUGGAUGGAUUUUCGAAUUGAACCCAAAACAAAUAUUAAUAGCUUUAUCAACGUGUAUCAAUACAUGUUUGAAAAAUACCCAAUUGAUAGCUGUAUAGAUACCGAACAAAAUAAGUCUUUGAGCUUGACUAUAACCCUGGAUUUGUCUAGUCGCAAUGUUGAAGAUUACGAAGAAAGAUUCAGAGAUUAUUUCGAAGAAUUAAAACGUUCCACAAAAAAACCAGCAAGCAGCCUAAAAAAAUUCAAGAUCGGUAAUCGAAAGCUAACAUUAAUUAAAACAGUUUUUGGAGCAGCUUUUAAUAUAAAAAUAUUUACUUUAGACGUAAUGACCUUUUCCGAGCUUAAUAUCGAUGACCCUGACUUUCAAGAAAACAAGUUUACAAGCCUAAAAGAACUUAAAAGGAUGCUAGAGAAACAAGAAGCAAAAUACACAAAUGCACGAACCUUUUUACAGAAUACGAAAAUUAUUAUGGCAAAAAUUAAGACAUGCGAUUGGGGUUCUUUGGAUGACAAUUUGGUCCAAAUUCGCGUGUCUACAUUAAAGAAAUUGCUUCAAACGGCUAUAUCCAUCGGUGUAGAAGAAAAGAACACAACAAUCGUGAACUUGAUGAAUCAUGAUACAGGAACAAAAAUAGAUGAUCCUGUGAUCGAGUUGCCUGAAAUAUUGAAAGAUUUCGGUAAUUCUAGAGAAAUUCUUUCGGACGAGGACAUAUUGCUUUUCGAAGAAAACACCGAUUUUGUACGUUUAUCGGCUGAUUUAAGAACCUUAGAGGAUAAGCGUAACUGUCAAAAAGUCUGCGCAAAAGAAAUAGGUCACGAGGAUAGCGAACAUAUUUGUCAAUCAAAACGUCAUUACUGUGGUAAACCUUGUUCUUUAUCAACAUGCACACAAAAAGGAAAUUAUCAGUGCCCUAACAAAUGCAUUACUGCCAGUGAGGAAGAGCAUGAUGUUCACCGCUGUGAAAAUGAAACAUGCCCCAUUCAAUGUCCUAUAUCAGGGAGAUGUCAAAGCAAUGAUCAUUUUCAUGCAUACUCUGAAAUUUAUGUUAUCGGUCAUUUUUGUGGUCAAGAGCAUCAGUGCCCAGAAUAUUGCGAGGAACCCGGAAUAUGUAGAGUUUUGACUGAGUCUCAAAGGCAAGAAGAGACAUAUCAAGGAAAAAUUAGCAAAACAGUGAUUACAUUUACUAAGUAUAUUCAACUUAGCGAAAGGUUAAGGUGCUAUAAAAAGAUCCCACCUAAUAAGUUUAAGCAUGAAGGAAGGCAUUCUCAUUCUCAGGAUAUCAAUAGUUUUCAUUUCUGUGAUGCCAAGUGCCAAUAUUGCGAAUAUUAUUGUAUUUUGCCUUACGGACAUACACAAUCAUUGCAUGAAACAAAGCAUGGAAAUAUGACUCAAACGGAAUUUACAACUGGAGAUCAAAACUUUGAGAUUGGUGCAGUUUACAGCGCGAUUUAUGCAUUUAUGAAAGCUCGGUUAGCCUGUCAAAGUGGCCAACCUCAAAGACAAGCUGCGAAUAAAGACACUAUAUCAUUGAUACUUUUUGACCAUGAAGUUAUCGUACCAUUCGAAAAUCACGUUCUCACAGAUGCUGAUGUCUUGCUAAAUCAUAUGAUUAAACAUAGGGCUCGAGGAGGAAGGGAUUUUAACCUUGCCAUACAAAAAGCAGGAUUUUUAAUCAACCAAUAUUAUGAUGCAAACAAAAAAAGUAUCAUUAUUUUUCUCUCUGAUGGGGAUGCUAGUGUACCACACGAUCAACUUCGACUAAUAUGCGAAUACAACAAAAAAAGAGGAAAUCCUUUAUUUUUGUAUACAGUACUACUUGCUAAUCAAUCGGAGAGUAGUUCUUUGAGAGAAAUGGCUGAAAUUGCGCAAAAAUAUCAACCGCCUAAUAGUUCUGCGAGCUCUCUUAGAUGUCAAUAUAAUAAUGUGAUGACUGAGAUAAAUUUAGUAACUACUUUCACGGGCGUCGCUGAAAGUAUUUGA